AUGAAAGACACCCGAGAUGCAGUAAUUGCUCGAAAGGAGAUCGUGAAUGCCAUUGGGAUGGCGAUGGUGCUGUCAAUCACUGCCAUCCCAGAACGCCAAGUGUCACUCCCUCCUCGGACAAUUGAACAAGAGCAGAACCAUGAUGAUGUGAAUCAAGGUGUCUCUGGCGGGUUUUCUGAGGUCGACCCGUUCGAUAUAACUACAGCUCCUGGUGAGAGCUGUGCCUAUGGGUUUUCUCCAUUUUCAACCGAGACGACGGGGACUAUGGUACAAGACCGCGCGACCUCGCGGUGGCUAAAUCUUAUAGUCAGUGAUGUCACAGAUAGUACCACAAUCCCUCUCAACCAAGAACAUCUCUCAUUCAACAACAACGCUCCUCAGAUACUUCCACACAUCACCGCUACAGCGCCUUUGGCAUCUGUUCUCCAAGGAGCCUUGCUUGUAACAUCACCCAGUUCGUUGAUUAGUAUUUCUGAUCAGGACGCCUGGCGAUCGGCUGAGAACAUCUCCUUGUCUGCUGAAGAGCAAGCCUUGUUCAGACACUUCGUUGAAGAAUUAGCUUAUUGGUUGGAUUUGUUUGACACGAAAUGCCAUUUUGCUACAUACAUUCCGAGGCUCGCUUGCAAUAAUGCCGGGCUAAUGAAUGCGAUCCUCGCUCUUUCAGCCCAACAUCGCUCUCAUACCAGCAGAAUUCAUCCUAGCUUGCCAUCACUUGAUCCAAGCUUGGCUGUCCAAUACUACUAUCAAACAUUGCGUUACAUUCAAGACGCUAUGCAUCUUGCCAGCUACAACAAAUCGGAAGAAAUCCUCGCAACUGUCAUGCUGGUGUCACUCUACGAGAUGUUCGAUGAAUCAUCCGUCGGAUGGCAACGACAUCUCAAAGGGGUCUUCUGGAUCCAGCGAGCCCAGAACGUCAAUGGCCUUUCUCCAGGAUUGCGUCAAGCUUUAUGGUGGUGGUGGAUCCGUCAAGACCUGUGGGCAGCGCUUCGUGAAGGACGAAGAUCAAACAGCUUCUGGACACCACCCCGGCCGGUCGUCGAACAAAACCAAGACGAAUUAGCCGAUUUCGCCACUAUCCUUCUACGGGAGGCUGUGAAUUUCGCAGCAAAACGCAGUACAGACGAUGCUAGCAAUAUCGAGACUUUGCAGAGUCGUGUGAAACAUGCAGAAAUGCUGCAACGGAAUCAGGAGUGCUGGUUCAAAUGCCUGGGGCUGCCAUUCCAGCCAUUGCCGUAUCUACUGAACAAGUUCGAGGAUUCUGCAAGUGGCAUUGCGCACAAUUACCGUGAGCAGUUCGACCCAAUCUGGAUCCAUCCUCCAAAGUUUGCUGCCGCCAUUCAAAUGUACAAUCUUGCCCGGAUAUUGGUGUAUCUACAUUGCCCAAUCUUGGAUGGAUUAGGGAGUCAGUCAAGGAUGCAAAAAGCUAUGCAAGAGGCAUGUACUACCAUAUAUGGCAUCGCUGUUACGCUCGACCAUUCGGGAGCUCAUAUUAUGUCUUCGCAAUGCCUCUAUGGGGCUGGGUUCUGCGAAAUGAACGAAAAACGUCAAGCAGGUAUUCUCGCUCUACUGGAUGAAUGUGAAAGAUGUAGCGGGUGGUCUGUACGGCAGCUGCGCCAUAACCUACAGCGUCAAUGGGCUGGAAAUGGAGAACAUUAG